CCAUGUUGGAGCUACAGUGGACUCGGACUGGGAUUUUCUGACGCCGUAUGUUUUUCCUAAAAUAUCUGUUCCCAUACAUUGUUGGAGUUCGUCAACCGUGCGCUAUCGGCGCCGUAAUCGGCAGUGGAAAUGAUGAACUCCAGUGUCGACCUGUCCCGGCGGAAUCCGCAGGAGGAUUUCGAGCUGAUCCAGCGGAUAGGAAGCGGCACAUACGGCGAUGUGUACAAGGCUCGUAAUGUCAACACAGGAGAGCUGGCUGCUAUCAAAGUCAUCAAACUGGAACCGGGUGAGGACUUUGCUGUCGUCCAGCAGGAGAUUAUAAUGAUGAAGGACUGUAAACACUCCAACAUCGUAGCCUAUUUUGGCAGUUAUCUCCGGAGAGAUAAGUUAUGGAUCAGUAUGGAGUACUGUGGAGGAGGUUCACUGCAGGAUAUCUAUCAUGUAACCGGGCCUUUGUCAGAGUCACAGAUAGCCUACAUGUCACGGGAGACCCUGCAGGGUUUGUACUACCUACACAAUAAAGGCAAAAUGCACAGAGACAUCAAGGGAGCCAACAUCCUCCUGACAGACAAUGGCUAUGUUAAACUAGCUGACUUUGGUGUAUCAGCCCAGAUCACAGCAACUCUAGCCAAGAGGAAGUCGUUCAUCGGAACUCCGUACUGGAUGGCUCCAGAGGUAGCAGCAGUAGAGAGGAAAGGAGGUUACAACCAGCUGUGUGAUAUCUGGGCUGUGGGCAUUACUGCAAUAGAGCUGGCUGAGCUACAGCCGCCCAUGUUUGACCUGCACCCCAUGAGGGCUCUCUUCUUAAUGACCAAGAGUAAUUUCCAGCCUCCCAAGUUGAAAGAUAAAGUCAAGUGGACAAAUAACUUCCACCAUUUUGUCAAACUCGCCCUCACCAAGAACCCAAAGAAGAGGCCCACAGCUGAGAAACUGCUGCAGCACCCUUUUGUGUCGCAGCCUCUCAGCAGGACGCUGGCGAUAGAACUGCUGGACAAAGCCAACAACCCCGACCACAGCACCUUCAAUGACUUUGACGACGAUGACCCUGAGCCAGAGUUUAAGUACAGGGGUCAUUUCCUACCCAUAAGCCCCGGUGCUCGACGUGCACCCCGUUUUGCGGCCCGUAGGAAGUCUCCGGUCUCUGUUCCUCAUCGUAUUCGUUCCACCAGCAGGAGCGCCAGGGAGGGAAAGACGCUGUCGGAGAUUAACUUUGGUCAGGUGAAGUUUGAUCCUCCCCUGAGAAAGGAGACGGAGCCUCAUCAUGAGCCGUGUGAAUCUGAGCCCUAUCUGGACUGUGUUGAGGAGCUCUACUAUACCGCGAGAUCUAAUCUGGACUUGCAGCUGGAGUAUGGACACGAUUCACCAAGUCUGCUGGGAGGAAACAAGAGUCUUCUCAAAUCUGUGGAGGAGGAGCUACAGCAGAGGGGCCAUGUGGCACACUUAGGGGAUGAUGAUGAUGAGGAUGAUGAUGGUGCAGAUGAUGAUGAAACUCACACUCAUAAAUCAAGUACUAUCAUGAGGCCAAAGGUCCCGCCUCCACUUCCUCCCAAGCCGAAGUCGAUCUGCUCGUCCCAGCCCCCGCAGCAGCAGCAACAGCUAAAACACGACGAUAGCCAUUCACACAGCGAGGACGACGGCGGAGGCGGAGGGACCAUCAAGCGCUGCCCAGUCCCAGAGACGCCGAGCCCCGCCAAGCCCGCCUCCAAUGUCCCCCCGCGGCCCCCGCCCCCGAAGCUGCCACCCCACCGCCGCAGCAGCCUAGGUAACGAGAGCCCGAAGCGCACGGACGUCGAAAACUCUGCCCCAGAGGAUGAUGGGAGCUUUAGGCAUUUCUGGGAGUGGCUCCACACGCCUCACACAGAGGAGGAGCUGGAGGAGGCUUGGGAGGUGCUGAAGGAGGUGAAAGAGGAGCAGGAAAAAGAGGAGAUAAAGGAUAAGAGGAAUGGGUUGAACACAGCGCCACACGGUGGUGGGGAGAGGGAAAGUCCAGCAGACAGACAGUCCACCAUGCCCCCUAGUGUCCCCAUACGGAAAGACAAGAAGGAUGUCCCGAAGCCAAUCAGUAAUGGCCUCCCCCCGACACCCAAAGUCCACAUGGGUGCGUGUUUCUCCAAGGUGUUCAACGGCUGCCCUCUGAAGAUCCACUGUGCCACCUCCUGGAUCAACCCCGACACCAGAGACCAGUAUUUGAUAUUCGGAGCUGAAGAGGGAAUCUACACGUUAAACCUUAAUGAGCUGCAUGAGACCUCGAUGGAACAGCUCUUUCCCCGGCGGUGUACCUGGCUAUAUGUCAUGAACAAUUGUCUUCUUUCCAUAUCUGGAAAAGCCUCUCAGCUGUACUCCCACACUCUGAGCGGCCUGUUCGAACAGGCCAGACAGUUACAGAAGUUACCAGUAGCCAUUCCCACACACAAGCUGCCUGAUAAGAUGAUUCCCAGGAAGUUUGCGGUGUCCACUAAAAUUCCAGACACUAAAGGGUGCCAAAAGUGCUGCGUAGUUCGUAACCCGUACACAGGCCACAAGUAUCUGUGUGGAGCCUUUCAGUCUAGUGUCAUGCUGCUGGAGUGGGUGGAGUCCAUGCAGAAGUUCAUGCUCAUCAAGAACAUCGACUUCCCAUUACCGUGUCCGUUGGAGGUCUUUGAGAUGUUGGUGGUCCCGGAGCAGACGUACCCUCUGAUCUGUGUGGCCGUCAGUAAAGGCACCGAACUCAACCAGGUGGUCCGGUUCGGCACCGUCAACCCCAACUCUACCUCCUCCUGGUUCACAGAAGCAGACACACCACAGACGUGUGUGAUCCACGUCACACAGCUAGAGAGAGACACUAUCUUAGUCUGCCUCGACAGGUGUAUAAAGAUCGUGAACCUCCAGGGCAGGUUGAAAUCCAGCAGGAAGUUGUCAGCUGAGCUCACCUUCAACUUCCAGAUUGAAUCCACGGUUUGUCUCCAAGACAGUGUACUGGCCUUCUGGAAGCACGGCAUGCAGGGACGCAGUUUCAAGACCAAUGAGAUCACCCAGGAGAUCUCUGACAGCACACGCAUCUUCAGACUACUGGGAUCAGACAGACGUUCUGACCGAAGAGAUCCAGAGGAAAGAGGUCGCACUCGGCCCAGGGUGGUGGUGCUGGAGAGCAGGCCUACAGACAACCCCACAGCCCACAGCAACCUCUACAUCCUGGCAGGCCACGAAAACAGCUACUGAGACACACACAGACACACACAUGCACAUAAACACACUCUCUAAACAGCCUACCACUAAUGCAAACAAGGGAGUGAGCGACCGGGAGACACACUCAGCCCCAACCUUACCGCUAACCCACCCACCAGACCUCCUAUGUAACUGGGAGACGAGCCGUUCAUGGGUGCAGAUGUGGAUUCCCAGUUGUUUAUAAAUGCAUCGCAGUGUUAUAUGUGUAUUAGUUAAGCGUGUUGUAGUAGGGCGGCAGGUUGUGGAGCCGUUCCCGCUGUUAAAACCACUGGUCCCAGGCCAGUUUGGGUUGAGAUAGCUGCGGGAAUCUGCACCUUAGUCGAGCGACUUCAACCCAGAAUCCUUCCUGACACCAUCCCACCUUUCCCUGCAUACUGCACACUGGGAAAACCGCAUCCAGCACAGAAGUCUGACGCCAACACUACUUCUACUACUAGUUCUACACAUACUACUACUACUGCUACUCACGCUAAAGCUUCACAGAAGAGCCAUCUUGCACAGAAAACCUUUCAUCGUCCUUCCCUCUGUCUCCCUUUUUUUUAAACUACACCUUUAUUUAUUGUGGCAUGAUGUAACUUUAACAACCAGGAUGGCUUUCCUGUUUUAUUUGUUUUUUAAAAAAGAAAAGAAAAAAAAAAAAGAAAACCGACUAAAAAGCUUCGCCACCUCUGCUAGCAUCGAACUCCAGUACCCGUCACCACACCACACAAGUGCUUAAUUGACCUCUAUUUAAUUGUUGUAAAUAUAAAUGUAGUAUUUUUUUGACAGAGACGAACACUAAAAAGACUGGUCAUGUAGAUAGGCGUGUGUAUAGUUGCUCUGAGACAAACAGAGAGAGACAGGCACGGAGGAGUGACGGGGCGGUUAAUUCACUUCCUGGUUCCCUGAUCACGUGACGAGGGCAAGGAAGCAGAGAGCCCUGCGGUCUCCUCAGGUGGACAGCUUUAGCAAUCCGAUAUUACUCGAAUAAUCCAGAGCUCAGGAUCGAACCGAGCGAAACACAGGAAGCAGCACCGAUUGGUCAUUUUAAUUUUGCAUGCGCCACCAUCAAAACUUCCUGCUCGUUCGCACCAUAGCAACAGUCGUCAGGGCAACAGAGGUUACAAAUUCUGCUCAUUUUAAGUUUUUCCAGCCGUCAUUUUAACGCUGUUUUAAUCAGAAAGCUUUUUUUACUUUGCUAUUUUUUUUAUUUUUAUGGAACCACUGGUGUUAAAAAUUUGCACAGAGACAAAGGUAUUUGAUAAACAAAUGUGAUGUCAUUAUAAUAUAUGACCUUGUGUGUAUGCACAGUGUGUGUGCGCGUGUGUAUGUGUGUGUGCGUAGGCAUAGAAUAUGCACAUACAAGUGCGUCAUGUACAGAUCUUGGCUUUAACAAGUGACAGUGGUGUUUAUCAAGAGAAGGCCACCUGACAAGAGCAACAACAGAUAUUAAAAAACAAUUUUAAAAAAGCUGGAUUUACACAGAAGGAAAAAAUAUUUAUAUUUAUUCAGUCGAGCUGGUUUGUAUUAAAUGUUAGCAUUAAAAUUAGCUUCUGUGGAAUGUGGUUUGACAUAUUUCACCAUGAAUAACCAGGAACUAUCUAAAUAAUUAGUGUCCGGAAACCCCUCCUUGUGGUACUCCGAAGAGGACAAAACAAACACUACAACUUGUUUUAAAAUACUGCUUGAAGAAUAUCUAUCAAGAGAAGACAGAAUCACAUUUGGGCCAAAUUGAAUGCAAAUACAGAGCCAAUGCUUCCCGUUCUUAGCUGGCUUCUGUUCUGCUAGUCACUAUAACAAAAUGGCUUCUCUCACUGAAAGCUUCUGUGUACAUCCAAUCAUUUAAUCCUUUUAGUCAUAUUCGGAGAAGUGUUUUAACUUCGGCCUUCAUCGCUGUGACUUCUUUAAAGGCCGACAUCUGUAUAAGAGAUCACUACAUGCAUGUAGAUGUGCACCGUGUGGUGUAUAGGAGCGUCUACAUGCGGCAGUACACUACCAGUCUUUACAAGCUGUGACACUAGAGGUUGCUUCAGAGGACAUGAACACUAGUUUAGCUGGAUUUAACCGAGGCACCAUCACUGAACCUGAGAUCUUACAGAGCUGAAACGUUUCGGUUCAUGUGUCAGGUUUUCCAUUCAGUUCUUCAUUCUCUCUCUCUAAAGAGUACAGCUGAUACCUAAACCAGCCACAAAAUUAACAAGUUGGAAAGGUUAAAAGCUGCUCCUCACACGCAGCAUUAAGUGAUGUCAUCACAUCAAUGAAAAAUUAAAUACCAUUAAUAUGAUGAUAAAGAAUUUAUUACCACUAUAGCCACAUACCUCUGAAUUUAAUGGGCAGUGUGGUCGGGGUGUAAAUUACCAGUGUCAUCAUGAUGCAGUAUUAUAUCGAUUCUUUGGACAACGAUACGAUAAUUGCCGAUAUUACAAAGUCUGUCACGAUACGAUUUCGAUUCGUGAUUGAUAUGAGACUAUAUUAAAUACCCAUCUAACACAAUCAGUCACAAAGGAAGCUGCCAUCCAUUCUCUUUUGCUUUUGGCCAUAAAAGAUAAAAACAACGCAUAUAUAAAUAACUGUAGCCGCUUAAGUGCAGUGACGCUAACGUUAAACUGACUGAAGUUAACCUUCAGGGCUUUCAAUCGUUUUCCGAAAACUUCUCAGACUUCUCCCAGCAGCUAUAAAACAUGGAUUGACGACAACAGUGUUUAACAUAAGUAUCUCAGCUCAGUAAUAACUGUCAAGGUUCAUGGACAAAACAAUUGUUUUUGCUGAUCACCCAUUAUUAGCUUUAGCAUGUUAACAUUGCAUAAGUUAGCCUAGUGGCUAGCGGACUUUUUCCUCUACUUAUAGCCAUGCAGAUUACAUGUAACGUUAUUUUUCUCAAUCACCACUGGUUUAAGUCACCGGGAAGUUAGUGAAGUGAGAUGGCCGUCCAGGCAGGUAUCGUUAUGUCGUGUUUUAUCUCGUAACACCAUUGUUUACGUACGGCAUGUGCUUUGUCUGUUGACACUGCUGAUGUAUUCCCGAGUAAAUCUCUUUUCUCUUGGCUGCUCGCCAUCUGCCUGCCGCUGUUUAACAGUGACACAGACUUUCAGAAUAAAAGCGCACCCUAAAGAUGACGAUAUAGAUCGGUGUUUUCACUUUGUAUCGAUGAUACAGGACCGUUGAUCAUCGAAUUGAUAUAUCGAUCCAAAUCGAUGGAUUGUUACACCCCUAAAAUGUGGUAUGUUAUAAAACAUGACUAAAGAUUUAACAUGUCAUCAGUCACUACAAACAUAACUGAAACCCAACAAUGCCAAUCUUUUAAGAAUUAAGGCUGGCUGUGGAGUAAAUGGAAGAUUUACUAAUGGAUGAGAACAUUUCAGCUCUGUAUGGAUGUGUCACUGAAUGUUACUAAGGUGGUUUUAAAGGGACGUGUAACCAUGUUGAAGGACUGACAGUUUAAGAAAAUGAUGUGUCAAAAAGUGGAAAUCUCAACCUUUUUUGGUCACUUAUCCAACAUGGCAGCAUGUCCGUCAGUGACAGGAAUCACACCAACAUCCCUCCGCACACUUCACUAUGUUUUCAUGGGGUUUUAAACUGAUCCACUCACUGGAUUCCAGCUCCUGAUGCUGUAUUGCUCUGUUGUGGUGAAGUAGCUGAAACACGCAUAUUCUAGUUCAGUGCAGAGAGCUUGAAUCCACUGUGAGGAUUUAAAUUAUUUGUGUGCUUUUUUAAAACACUUCAGCUCAAUUUUCUUCUAUAAAAUGCCCACGGAGUGUUGCGCUGGAAAACACGUUAGAAAUAUGAAUCAUGCGAGACAUGAAGACAACACAUUUAAUUGUCAGUUUGGAGUGGAAAAUGCCAUAGAAGCCAUAGAAGAGAGGGGGUUAACUCAUUUCUAGGGCAGGACAUUUGCUUAAACCAGGAUUUAAACUGUUAUUCAGAGCGUAGUACAGUUAGUUCGGAGUUUUGCUUUGAAAUACCGUCAAAGUGAACAACAUCCCCAAGUUAGCAAUUGAGCCCAAAUCAUGCUAAUACAUAUGUGUCGAGCCAAAACUAGGGCUGCCUCCAAAUAAGAAUUUUCCCUGUCGACCAGUAGUUGUCAUUUAGGGCCAUUAGUCGACUAGUCGCCCACAUGUUUUUGAUAUUAAUUAAAUCAUUAAAUUAUAUAUUUUGCUGUCAGUAAAGCAAUAAUGAUUGUGCUAAGUGGCUAAUGGGCAUGUAGCUACUUCCAUGUUUCAGAUGAUACGUCAUGUUUGUAGUCGACCAAUGAAGAUGAGUUUACAUAUCACCUUGGGUUCGUCCUUCACCUUCUCAAAAUGAUCCCACACUUUGGAUUUCCUGCCCGACAUGUUAUUAACUAGCCUGUGGAAUAACCGCAGGUACCAGCCCUGGAAAUUAACCUGACUCCUGUCUGACUGCUGAGCGUGGACACUUCCUGUGUCUGUCCUUUCAAAUGAAUUCCCACAUGGUCCAGUUAUAUAGGUUUUGAGUGACUGUGACAAGGUGCAGCUCCUAAUAGAGUUUUUUUCUUUCUGCGACUAAGCAACCAAUGAAAUCUUGCCGACUAAAGACCUUUCUGGUCGACUAACGUUUGGUCGACUGUCAGGGGGCAGCCCUAGCCAACACCCAUUAAUACACAAGUGUCGUAGUUUCAUUGCUGCAGCCAAGUUUUAUUCACACAAUCAGGUUAUUUAACAAAAAUGUUUUUGUGUCAGUUGUUCAUUUAGUGUCAAAGAUCUAUCAGCUCUGCCAAGUAUACUUAAUAGCCUCACAUUGACGUUGUCAGCCAUCAAUCCUAAUAAUAACUUUUCAUAUUUAGGCGCAAUUCCUCUGAUUUAAUUGACUCCUUUCUUCUUCAUUGUUGAUGUCAAAGAACGUAUAUUUUACAUUUUUAAAUUGAAUGCCAAAAUAGAUUGUUAAACAUUUUCAUGGCCAAGUUUAGAUAGUCUACCUCGUGGGAUGUCCUAAGUGGAAAAAAAAAAAAAAGUCUGAUUUGAAAGACAGCCAUCAACAGCAUAUGAGGUUAGUGUUCAACACGACAUCUCUGAGCGUCUUCUUAAAUCCACUUCGUCCUCUCAGCUGACGUAUAUAAAUGAUCAGAAGUUGUUUGACUGUUUCUAAAACACAUGAAAACAAAGUGAAUGAGAGAUUCCACUCAAAGCAACCUAAGGUUUUGCUUUUGUUUUAUUUUUAAGUAUUCUUCAUUUUCUGAAAUAUCCAGUUGCUUUGAUUUUAAUUUUAUUUUAUCUCAAGCUUAAGAAAACUUAAACCGUGAAGCUGCACGUCUAAAAUCGUGAACAGUCUACAUAGAUACAAGCAAUUCUUAAAAUCUCAUACCUUUUUUUUUUGAUGUGGGGCUCAUGACUUUUAAUUUUGGGGAAACUGUCUUGUUCACAGAAUAACCAAGUUUCUGUAGGUUUGAAUGAUGCUUCCAAGACUCAUGUUUCUGCUGUCAUAGACACAAUUUAAUCUGCAGUAUAAUCCGUUAAAGCAGGUGCCAACUCGGCCUCCAUUGUGCUGAAAUGUUACAAGUCCAUUUAUGUUUUUAUGACCUCAGUUUCUCCUGGGUCAAAUCAUAUGUGAGAAUAACUCAUGGGGGUUGUUUUAAGAUGAUGUGGACACCAGAUGUGUGGAUUAUUCUGAAUGAGACAGCCACAGACUAGAGAAGUAAAUUGGCGUUAGGAUUGCCUGUUCUGUCUGGCUCUCAUCUGCAGUAUCUGGUGCUCUGAGCAGAUUAAACGAAACACCGAUGGGUUAUUUGCUGAAGCAGUUUGAUCCCCAGGUCUCCUCCAAAUAUAAAGCGAAACUCAAUAGGUCUCCUCUGUUCUGUCGCUAUUGCAUCACCUUUGUCUUUUGUUUUCAUAAUGCAAUGCACACGUUAUGAACUGUAUAUAGUGUAAAAUAAAAAUGGGUUUGUUUUACAUACUGUAUAAUUGCCUAUAUUUUGUUUCAGAAGUGUAACAGAUUUAUGAGAUGACAGGUUAACACAUUAAAAAGAAGGAACUCAAA